AGGCUGUCAGUUCUUGCACCUUCUCAGCCCCUCGCUCUCAGCGCAGCCCACCUUCGAAAACAAACGGAAAGAAGUGGCAAGAAAUUCGCGCGCCAUUCGCUGAGGAGGCUAGCCCGACCAGCACAUGUGCUAACAUACUAGUAGUUAGCCCCAACCCAACAGCCACGACCGACCACGACCGCGGGCAGCGCAGCGCAGCAAGUCGUAGACAGACGUAAAGAAACCCACUGCUUCAGCAGCUUCAGUCUUCGUUCGCGUUUUGAAGUGUAUCGACCUGCUGGACCUGGCCGGACAACGGCGGCGACGACGACGACGACGAUAACAACGGAGUUGGCCGGUUGACUGUUCUUCUGCGUCUGCCUGUUCACUGGCGCGACAUCUCAACUACGCCGCGGCGCGGUGGAACAAUUCCGAUAUCUUGCGCAAGCCCUUACUCUGACCUUCUCGUCGACGCGUGAAUCAAUCGAAAUCCAUUAGUUUCCUUCGGUGGAUCACUUGGUAACGCAAGACGCUGUUCCACACAGUGUGUGCAGCCAGUCAGUGAGAAAUCCGGCCCGGUAGAACAAUUUGAUUUCGGUGCAAUCACCAAGUGGCAACACAUAGACCGACCGUACGGUUGGAAACGAAGAAGGCCGUCGUCCGGAUAUGAGUGCGAAAAGGGUGGUGUAAUUGUGCCUACUGCUGCUAAAUAGUUAAGCCAUCGUACAUAUUGUGACGCCCCAAGUAGGCAGCUGUUUUCGUGUGAAGUUCUGCUUGGGAAUGUGACGAAAGCUUUGUAGAACAGCAGGCGGCCAGAUAUUCUGAAGAUAUAGUGUGCUCGGUGUGUGUGAUGUGAAUUACCGUUACUGUUGGUGCGCGGACGACCCCCACGUGUUCAGUGCAGAUCCACUACGUUCUUGACCCUGAGCGUAAUGAUGAGUCUACUGCUUAAGUGACGUUUUGCGAAUUGUACUCAUUAGUGGAUUGGUGAAUUGAUAGGAGCAUCAAACGUUCAGUGCCGGUGGUAAUUCUUCAAGUACGAGAACAAAAGGCGAUCACAAUGCAGCCGAACGAGAACUACAACAACAACAUAACCCAGGGCGAAUUCGCGCCUUCGCUAGACAACAGUGACAAAAGCCCCAUUACAUGCGCCAACUCGUCCACUACUAUCUUCAGCCAGCAGCAAUCUGUGCACGCCAAGAACGAAUGCUGUGAUAGUAAACAGGAAUGUGCCACUUGUAUUAGUUUAGCCAAUUCAAGCAAUAAUAACAACAAUAACAGUAGUACCAGCAAUGGCGACCCCGCGGAACUGGUCUGUAGCAAACAGGACGUUUCGUACUACAAACUGCGACAACUGCUCAACUACGAAGAUGCACCAAAGCACCUGCAGUUCAAUCCGUUCAUCCGUACCGGCUACCGAACCAUUCUGUCCACCAAACUCUGCCUGGAGAGUAUGUUCUGGUGGACGAACGAGACGUUCAAUAUCUGGAGUCACGUGUUCGGGUGUUUCCUGUUCAUCGGGCUGGCGUACUCGGAUAUCGUCCUGCUACAGAUGCAUGCGAGCAUGAUCGAUAAAAUAAUUGUAGGGGCAUUGUUAGUGUGUUUCCAGGUCUGCAUGAUCCUGUCUUCCAUUUACCAUACUUUCUCCUGCAAGUCGGAGCAAAGUUAUGAGUGCUUCCUAGCGUAUGACCUGUUCGGAAUAGCUUUAUCACUGUUGGCAAUCUUCAUCAGUGGCAUAUAUUACGCUUUUUGGUGCAAUGCGGAACUGCGCAAUUUCUACAUUAUCACCAUCGGAGUGAUAUUCACGGUAGCAAUGAUCCUGCAGAUUCCCCGCCUGAAGGUGAACUCCAACGUGAAGAUGCUUGCCUUUGUCGCCUGGGCCGCGUACGGCGUCGUACCGACGCUCCACUGGUACAUCGUGAUGGGCGGCGCAGAAAGUACCAUGGUCAAGUUGUUCAUUCCACGUGUGAUGAUAAUGUAUUUGCUGACGGGCACGGCCUUCCUGAUCUACGUCACCAGGAUACCGGAACGGUGGUUCGCCGGCAAAGUGGAUUACAUCGGCCAUUCGCACAACUGGUGGCACGUUUUUGUGCUGGCCGCUCUCUACUACUGGCACAACAGCGGUUUGGCCUUUGCAUUUUUCAUGAUUGAUAACGGAUGCGUAGAAGAUAGAGAUAAAUGCUACCGGUUGUAAAUAAAAAAACUGUCUUUAUCGAAGAACGUCUACCAAUUAGUUAUUUCAAAAUCAAACGCGUUUUUUUUUUCGUUGCGUUAACCAUUUAUACAGUGCGUACUGUUACGAUGUAGUUCAUUCGGGUUCAUUCAGGUUUCGGUGGCAGAUGAUCGUUGUUACAGCGAUACAAGCGCGAACAUUCUAACAUUGCAUCGGUAAAAAUGUUAAGUAAAAAUAAUAGGAUUUAACCAGAAAGAAAGGAAGUCAAAAGAACUACUAGAGUUAAUGCAACGUGUAGGCAUAGUCAAACAACUGUUUCUUGACAAAAGGUCGAAGAUCGAAGUUUUUUUUAUAAAUAUUUCGGUUAUUGAUACACCAACCUGUGAAAAAGGAUAGAAAUUACCAUAGGAUCCCAAGUAAUGAUUUCCAGUCCAAUUGACAUUCAGGAGAUCCUAAGAACUGUCAUAAAACAUAUUUUGGUUUUAUGAUGCUUGUAAAGAUCUCCUCGAAGCUUUUUGAUAUAAAAAUAAUACUUCCGGUUAUUUCAUUUUUUACACUUUGAACUUGCGAUCUAGGACAAAUUUUUAGACGUGAUUCAAAGUAACGUGAAAUGUUCAAUUAUUUUGAUAUUAGCGAAUUGGGAUGCAAGGUAUGGCCCGGAAAACCAAGAGGCAUGCAGUUCCAAAUAACCAUUUGUCUAUAAGACUUAUGAAAAUUCUUGGAAUUGCUGAAUCAAAUACACAGAGAAUACUAUUCUUCAAACCUGAAUAAAUAUUGCAUAGUAUAUGUAAUUCAACUUCUAUAUUUCAUCAAGUUUAAGGUUGCAUGAGCAUUGCAUGUUGAUUUCAUUCAUGAUAUUCGAUAACAAUAGUUCUAAUCCAGUAACAUAAUAUUUUGCCAAAAAUAAUCAACUGGUUUUUUGUAAUUUGACUAACGAGCGACAAACAAAACAAAUGAAUCAAAUCGGUUGAAGGCAUUACACACAAAAAAAAACAAAACGAAAAUGUUUACAUAAAUGCUCUAGGUUGGUGUAUGAAUAACGUUGAAAUUUACUCCGUUUUAACUCAUCUCUAUAUUGAACCCUAAACAGGACUCAGCACUUCCAAAGAACGUCCAUUGUUCUCCAUUCGAAAGAAACUCCUAAUUCUGUUCUUUGUUCUCAUCAAUUCACUAUCUGCAAGCAAGCAUUUAGCUUUUAGAAACCCUCUUGCCGAACACAUCUCAAUUAUCCAAACCACCCCCUCAAACCGCCCCUUGUUCUAGGUAUGAAAUAUGUUGAGUUCAGGAUGACUCACGGAUGCUCCGCCGGGGUUCAGUACACCUGACCAGAUGCGCAAAAGACAUGCCGCACACAAACACAGGGCGCACGAUACUGAGAGAGAAAGCGAGACAACCGGUUACCAAGUUUAUCCUAGUUGUAAAAAAAGUAGAAUAGUAAUUGAACCCUUACCCGUUAGUCAAUUGUUACACUUAGGUAUAGGUGUUGAGCUCGCCGUUCUAGUUAAAUAGAAUGGCGUGGCGAAGUGAAGUUGCUCAAAGUUAUUAACAAAAAAGCGAUUACGAAUGUAGACAAUUAUUACCGAUGACGUACUAUACAUUGAAAAUGAAUAACGAAUAGUAUCGAUUUUACCAAUUCGCAGUACAAGAUGUGAUCUAAUGUAACAUUUCAAUAAAAUUAGAUUUUUUUCUUUUUUUUAUAUUUUCUAUGCUACACUUGAUUAGGUAUUGAUGAUAAUAAUGUUUCAAAACAGAAGA